AUGACAUCGGUAAUGGAUCCUAAUGUGACCAAAUUCAACCCAGAGACGGCAAGAGUUUACCAUUUUCGUUACAUGAGAGAAUACCGUGCUAUUUGUGCGUUAUGGGGUCUCCUCACGAUCAUCUGGUGUAUUUUGAAUCUGGUGUCAUUUAUCCAGCCCCAGUGGAUUGGAGAUAGUCCCCAGUCCCCAGGAUACGGGCAUCUGGGCGUGUACGCUAACUGCUACCCCGAUCAUGCCCUAGGGGAGUACGUGUGUGAUGGAUCUCCCUUCAGCUGGGAUUCUAUCCUCAACAACUCCUUCAAGGCUACAUCUUUCUUCGUUGGUGUGUCAGCUUUGUUGAUGUUGAUUACAGUUGCUGCCCUGCUGUUUUUCUUCUGCUUCAAGAAAACACUGGUUUUCUACUUAUGUGGAAUCAUGGAAAUCAUCUCUGCCUUGUUUAUGUUCCUGGCUUGUGUGAUCUACCCUAGUGGGUGGAAUCAGGCAGAGGUGAGGACGAUCUGUGGCGACACAGCAGGAGAGUACCGCCUGGGCGAGUGUGGUAUUCGUUGGGCCUACAUUCUCGCCAUCCUGGGGAUAUUUGAUGCAGCCUUCCUGGCUAUUCUUGCUUUCCUCUUAGCCACAAAACGUGCAAAGCUGGAGAUGUACUCCACAACUGGUACUGUAACUAAGUCUGAGCUGAAUGGCUAUUCAGGCGACACCCUUUCGAAGCAUUCCAUGCCUAUCCAGCCAGUCGUCGCAGUCCCAGACUCUCACUAUGGUAGCCGACGGGACUUCACUCUGUGAUCUUUCAUUAUUCGAGACCAUGUGGAAGGGAUCUCCCAUUAUUUUAUACCGUAUUUAAGGGAUCUCUUAGUAUCUCUGAUCUGCCAACAUACUUGCUGUCUUUUGUGACAAUUUUCAAGGUAAAGUUGAUGAACUGUACAUUGAAACUUCAACAUCCUUGAAUACUUAUU